AUGCCUCGCUCGACGCGCGCGCGCGUGAUCUCUCGCGCGGUCGUCGCCGUGGCGUUCGCCGUCGCCGUUCUCGCGCGCCCGUCGCGCGCCACCGCGUCGGGAUCGUCCAGAUCGCCCGCGCGCGUGACGUGUGGCAGCGCGCUCAAGCUCGUGCACGGGGCGACGAAACACGCGCUGUCCUCGCAAUCGGUCGCGUACGCCACGGGAUCUGGACAGCAGUCGGUGACGGCGGUGCGAUCGAGCGAUGAGGGGGCGUAUUGGAUGAUCGAGCCGGCGCUCGGCGGCGCGACGUGCGCGCGCGGAGAGGCGAUCGGGCCGGGGAUGACGAUUCGGUUGAGACACGUCGCCACGCGCGCGUGGUUGCACUCGCACUUGCAUCGAUCGCCGCUGAGUGGGAAUAACGAAGUGUCGUGCUUCGGUGGGGACGGGUCGAGCGACACGGGCGAUCACUGGGUGGUGGAGCUCCCGAACGGCGGCGACGCGUGGGAACGCGGGAAAAAGGUGCGGCUGAAGCAUAAAGAUACCGGAGCGUAUUUGAGCUCGCAUAAUAUGAAGUAUGGACGACCGAUCGCGGGACAUCAGGAGGUGAUGGGGGCGGCGAGCCCGGGAUCUAACGCGCUUUGGACGAGCGCGGAGGGCGUGUACUUUCCCACCUCGGAAGAGCAACGGGCGAAAGACGAGCUAUAG